AUGGGCAACCGUCGCAGUCUUCAUACCGCCAUGAAGCUCCACAGUCACCAACAGUCCCAGAAGUGGCAUGACACACAACACAAGGAAGCCCAUUGGGGCACAGCCGUGGAGACCAAUCCUGUUGGAGGUGCUUCCCAGGCAAAGGGAACUGUGCUUGAACACGUAGGCAUUAAACCGAAACAUCCAAAUUCUGCUAACAGGAAGGGGGUCAGGGUGCAGUUCACCAAGUAUGGCAAGAAAAUCACAGUACCAGUGCCCAAGGAUAGCUGCUUGAACUUCACUGAGGAAAACAAUGAUGUUCUGGUUGCUGGAUUUGGUCAAAAAGGUCACGCCAUAGGUAAUGAUACUCCUGGAGUCCUCUUUAAGGCUGUUCAAGUAGCCAAUGUGUCUCUUUUGGCCCAGCACAAGGGCAAGGAGACAAAGAUCAUAAAUUUUGAUGAUGGAAACACAGCAUGUGAGAAGGAGCCUGUAACCGUCAUUUUUGUAACCAUCAUUUGCUGCAGAGGCAAUGUCAUCAAUAAGCAAGUUUUGGGAAAGUCUUUGGUACUGGAAAUUUUGGAGGAGGCUGAUGCUGUUAACGUGUUUUUGGUGGGGUUACAGAAUGCAGAAUCGCCCAUUGGGAUCCCAGAUCGCCUCGUCAGGCCAUGUGGACCGGUCCCCGAGACGGUCAUAUCAUGUCCUGCACCCAUAUUGGAAAAACGAAAUGACAAGAGAAUAUGA